CAGACUGUCUGCAGAGGAACGGCUGGGGAAUUUCGACAAGGCCCCUUACAGUUGGAAGCACUUUCGUUGACUUUACGAACUCUGUGGAAUUUGAGCCAUGGUUUGAGUGUCCUUACUCUAUGGUUUGAGCGUGUAGAUAUCAAGUUCGAAUGGUGAAAUGGUUGACUGCAGUCACUGAUUCGAAGUAUGAUAAAGUGUAGUUCGGUGAAGCAAUGCUUGUAACACUGAGUUGCGAGUUAUGCACAAACAAGUUAAAUUCGUAACCUAAAGCGUCUGAGGCUGAUACAGCUUUGAUCUGUGGGUGCGUUCGUUUAGCUUCCCUGGGUCGACCCCGUCGUGCGGGUUUAUUUCUUUCCAGGACGAACGUGUGCAGAUAAUUCCCCACGGUGGUCCUGGAAAAAAAAGCUUUGAUCUGUUUAUCCCAGCAGGCAGGGGUGUCAUUUAUAAUUGAGCAACUCGGCUGUGCGUUAUGUCUUCUCAACGAAGACCAGUUCAUCACCAGGACAAGGAUCCUGGGGGUUGGGUUGUUGUGGGCGCAACAUUUGUCGCUAUACUCAUCACGUUCGGAAAUCUGAAGGCUCUGGGUGUCCUCCUCCUAGCCAUGCAGAAUGACUUCGAUAGUGACGUGUGGAUAAUUGGUUGGAUGGCUGUCAUGUAUAACUCAGUUAGUUACAUCUCCGGUCCUUUUAUUGUCGGCAUAGAUCGUCUCGUUAGCAGCAGACGCUGCGUUAUUGUCGGUGGAGUACUGGGGUCAGCUGGAUUCAUCAUCGGCUCGCAGUCGACUACAGUGUUACAGUUAACACUUUCAAUUGUCAUUCUAUCAGGUGCUGGUAAAGCUUUGAGUUUUUUCCCCUUCUUUGGUGUUCUGGCGUGCUACUUCAGUGAGAACUAUUCCGUUGCUAUUGCGAUAGCAUCAUCAAGUAUACCAAUCUCGAUGGUUGUGUAUGGUCCCCUGACUCAGAUACUUCUGGAUACAUACGGCUGGCGUGGAACCAUGCUGAUAGUGGGUGGUAUUACUUCCAACCUUGUAGUAUGUGGUGCAUUGCUUAAAACUCCUGCAGUAGCAUCACCAACAGAUACAGAACAGUACCAAAAGGUACCAGACGAUGCAGCAGACGGGGACGACAUUUCAAUGGGGGGAGAAAACAUUCCUUCUUCCAAAUCUCACAAGGGAAAGUGCUUGACGCUGAAGGAGAACAUCCAGCGUUUCCUUACAUCCAUGGACUUUGAAAUAAUGGCAAACAAAAGAUUCUUAUUUAUGACCGCGUCAAUGAGCUGCGUUGACUUUUGCUUCAAUGGGUGGUUAGUGUACAUGGUGUCACAUGGUAUAUUCCAGGGGCUGAGCAGUAACCAAGCUUCACUGUUACCAACAUCAUUCGGGAUUGGAUACAUCCUCGGCAAGUUCAUGGAACCUUUGUUGGAUCACACCCGGUUCAAGCUUUCUACAUGCACAUGGGUUUAUCUUGGCUGCGUCCUCAUGAGUGCCUCGUACCUCACCGAAGCUUUCAUGACACUUUUCCCUGUGCAGAUGAUCGUCACAUGUUUCAUUGGAAUUGGGCAUGGUAUUGUAUCGCAGUCAAAUGACGUCAUUGUGCGGUUUUUAACGUCAGGUGACCGGAUCGUAGCUGUGGUCUGCUGGCAGGCGCUGAUAGGAGGAGUUUGUGGGAUGGGAAGUGGAUUGCUAACAGGGUUGACUUUCGAAUGGACAGGAAGUUUUCAAGCGGCUCUCAUUAUGUACAGUGGCAUCAUGCUGAUUUCGAUCCCAUUAUUUAUCAUAUAUGAUAUAAUAACAAGACAGGAACAAGACAGGGUUAAAUAAGAAUGCCGAGGGUGGAAAUAAGGCGUCAUUUGAUGCUCUCCUUCAAGAAGACUUCUUAAUUUCAUCCACACGGGGAGACUUCGUAAGAAAUGUUAUUGUAUUCAACAUGAACGCACAUGUACUGGACGGAUUUGGGGAAUGGCAUCAUCAUUAUCUUUAGCUAUCUACUUAACUGGGACUAGUGGGAUUGACAACCUUGGGCCUCUUCGCAAAUACCCUUUGCGCAAGUGCUAACUGUUGAAUCAGAUGCUGGUCUAGGUAGCGAUCAAACUUGAUUCUAUCUAAACCAGCAUGCACCUCAGUCCAUGCCUAUCGUGCGCGUACCAAGUAUUUGGGAUAGGCAUCACGCCCUCUAUCGGAUGUGAGUAAACUGGUCCCUAGCCUGGGGUUAGACUGGGCCCCUGUCUUUAUCCGCAAGGAUAAAGACAGGUACCAGCUAUUCAGAUCCAGUGAUUCUAUUGGGUAUAAUGAUUGGCUUUCAU